CUGUUAAAAUAGUCCAAAAGCUGCACAAAAAACACAGGUUUCAUUCGCAAAAACAAGCUUACUAAAAGUAGUGUCUGUUAUGAUUCGAAUAAAAGUAACCUCUAAACUAAAACCGAACAUAAUUUGAAACAAAUUUACUCCGUGCACUGGAAACAAAGACAUUAAAGUCCUCGAGAGGUAUCUAAUUUAUUUCGCCCUUCUUUCAAGCGAACAAGUCUCCGACUUUCACUCGCACCUUGGGACAUUUCAUUAUAUUUUGUCGUGAGUGACAGCUUGUCAAUUCUGCUCUCACGAUCUCUUCUAGUUUGACAUUUCAUGGGGUUCCUUCCGAGAAGCAUUGACGUGGUUUCCUUGACAAAAGAUAAAGCGUGCCUAAUAUAUCUUCAGGUCAUGAAAUAAGCGACUUUUCCAUGGCUUGAAUAUGGUAAUAUCAGCGGGGAAUAUAAUACUCUCUUGUUUUUAAACACUCGCAGGGGCUCAGAUGGCUUAGCCUUGAGAUAAUGUCAGAUGAAAGCAAAGGCUUAACAAGAAACUGUUAAUCCAGGCUUUUUCCCCUUUUAUUGAAUGUAACAAGCUACAUAAAUUCGUGUUUUAAAUCAGCUUUUCUUCUGUUUUGUAAACAAGCCGUUCUUAAGGAGUUACGGAACAAAAAGAAGCGGUUAGAGCUCGUGUAAGGCGAUGUUUCAAUGUUUACACUAAACCUGAACUUCCACUAAUUAAGAGGCAAAGAGUUGGCUGCGGGCUUUUUCAGAAAGGCAUUUCAUUUGCGUUGUAAAACGAAUAGCCAGCCAGUUUCGGCUACAUUAUCGCAAAAAAAAAAAAAACCAUGCAACUCGGAGACCCCACAUUGAGCAUGCUCUCGAAAAGCGUCAGAGAAAAAUCUUCGUCAAUUUAUGACUGUCGUUUGAUAGAUAAUAUAGCUAAUAAAUGGCAACCAUAGAAAGCCGUGUGUCCUAAGGUUUGAUUGACAGGUGUGAAUUGAUUGUUCAAUUUCCUUCGCAUUAUUUCUCUGUUGAGGACAAUAGCUAAUUAUGGCCAAAUGAAGAUAAAAGUGAUUGCAGGAAUAUUAAAGCUAUCCAGAUAUAUUUGGCAGCCACGCAGUAGAUAUCACAUCCGUCAGCACACGGAGUCGGUCCAACAUUUUCGGUAUCGCCCGUGAGAAGUUUUAUCAGCGAAUAUGAACCGAGAAGUGCAGUUUUGCUUCGCGAUUCCUCGGUCCGAGCCAUUCCCUCCUGUGAAACGUUCAUCUCCGAUUCACUCUUUCGCCAUCCAUGACAUCCUUGGCCUUGGAGAGAAGAAUUCUAAGCCGAAGGAAACCAGCCCCCAAAAUCCAACCCUGGUAGAGUGUUUUUCACCGAUUGCGUCGCGUUUAGAAAACCCGAGUUUAGAAGCCGACAAGACAACUAUCAUAUCAGAUCACAGAACGGAGGAAAGCAAAAUUGACAAAUGCGGUUUCCUGAAGAGCGACAAAAACGCAGCGAGCAAGAAGGCACCUAAGAAGCGAAGACAUCGAACAAUUUUCACGAACUACCAACUGGAAGAAUUGGAAAAAGCGUUCAAAGACAGCCACUACCCGGAUGUUUACGCCAGAGAAAAUCUCUCUGUGAAGAUCGAGUUACCAGAAGACCGAAUCCAGGUCUGGUUUCAAAACCGACGGGCAAAAUGGCGCAAGAAGGAGAAAUGCUGGGGUCACAGUUCGAUCAUGGCUGAGUACGGCCUCUAUGGAGCAAUGGUACGUCAUUCCUUACCCCUCCCACCUCAUCUGACAUCCAACUCGGCCCCAUGGCUACUCGGCAUGCACAAGAAAGCGAAGAUAAUGGAGGAGAAAAUCAAGGUGGAAGGUUCCAACGAAAAUGGCGAUGACCUCAGGUCACACAGCAUUGCAUCACUGAGGCAGCGGGCUCAAGAACACAAUGCUGCAGUGAAACAAGAACACGAGGCCAUGAUGCAGGCUUACAAACACGUGCCUGAGGAGGGUAGAAAGCCAUCGGACACAGGCUCCGAUGAAGAAGACGAAUUGGAGGACUUGUGACUACUAGUGAAGGAA